AAAACUUCAAAUUCAUUUGGUUUGAGGACAUGAAAAAAGACCACAAGGCUGGACUCAAAGAUCUUGCCCAGUUCUUAGGAUAUGAGCGCACUGAGGAAGAGCUGGACGCUCUAGUUAAACACCUAACCAUUGACAAUAUGCGGGACAUAUCUGUGGCCAAAGCCAGGAAUGACUACGAAAAAGAGUUCCGCUCCAAGUUCUUCCGGAAAGGCCAAGUGGGCGAUUGGUGCAACUAUUUCCAAGGAGAGGCCCUUCAAAAGUGGAACCAAUGGAUAAAAAGACACCUAGAGGGCACUGACAUCGUCAUGACAUUCAAAUGAGUUUCAGCAUUCAAUUACAAAUAGCAAUGAAACAUGCAAUGCAACAAAAUUAUAUUCAUUAUUUCAUUCAGCAACUUAAAUGAGCAAAAAUAAAAGGGAUGGCUAAUA